GUUGACAAACACUCGAAAAAAUCAAGUCUCUCCGAAUUUUCAAUUAAAAAUGUCAGAAAAUCCCCCAAAAAAGCCAAAAUUAGAAGAAAAUCUUGAAUUCGAGUGCAUUUUACCCGACAACUUAUUGAAACCAGUAGAGCUGAUUGAAGUUUUCGUCCUAAAUGUGCGCGACAAGAAACACAUCAAGCAAGCAUUUCAACUUCUCGCCGCUUUUCCAUACAAAGAUUUGAAUCAUCUGAAACGAGUAAAGGACUUGCAAGUAAUUUUCUGUGAAAAAAAUCAACUAAAGGACAUUCGAAGGACGUCAAAUGAGGAAAUUGAUGAAAAUAAAAGUGACUCAGAAUUUCUCGGAGAGUUCGUCAAACGACAAAAUUGGAGUGAAUGGUGUUCAGAGGAAGUUUCGCUCGUAAAAGUGCCCGCUUGUCAACCAAUUUUAAGAUGGCAAUAUGAAGAAGCUGCAAAAUUCUGGCCUUGUAAAUUCCACACGAAUGUCGAGAUGGAAAGACUUGCCUCGAAAAGUCCUUUUAUUGAGAAAGAAGCGGAAAUUCAUCGAGAUUUAAUGAAAUCUUUGCUUUAUUUGUCCCGUAGCCUUGAAGAAAUUGACGUCGGUAUCGCUGUAAAUCCUUUGACGAACAGAAUUGCUGCCAUUUCUCACGAUUUGACGAAUUUUCAUCCAAUUCUCCAUACUCCAAUGUCCUUAAUUGAUGCCAUUGCUCGUUCCCAAAACGGCGGAGCCUACAAAGAAACGAAAAAACCUCAUCCUGAAGACAAAAAUGACCUAAUUUUCAAAGGACUUCCUUCAAAUUUGGUCGAAAUCUUGUUAGAUUCUAAUCCAAAACUUCAAUUUGGAGCCACAAUUCCCAUAAAAGACAAAAUUUCCGACUCUGAAGUCCUCGUCGGAGAUAAUUUAGAGAAAUUUGGGCCUUAUUUAUGUACCGGAUACGAUAUUUACCUCACAAAAGAGCCUUGUUUCAUGUGCGGCAUGGCCUUACUUCACAGCAGAGUCAAACGAGUCUUCUUCGCACAUCCCACAAAAGACGGAUCUCUUCUCACAAAACUCAAAUUGCACACAGUUGAGGGCUUAAAUCACCAUUUCCAAGUUUUUCGACUGAAAAAUGACUCAUGACAAAUAAAAAUUACGCAAAAAAAAUUGUUUACUUGCAAAUUAUUUUGUCAAUUUAGCAAAUUUGACGAUAAGUAUCGAAAUAAAUUCAUUAAUUCGCGCUAAAAAAAAUAAAAGUAAAAUGUUUUAAUCAAAAAUAAUAAAAAAAAUCAAUUUGUAAUUGCAAGAAGAAUUUGACUGCGAUGUUAUCGGCAAUAUUUUUUAUUCUGUAGUGGUUUCGAUAAAAGGCAACACGAAACACUUUUAAUUGGGAUCAAUUAGU